GCUUUUCAUACCACCUGAUGGACUAGUUCCGGGAUUCUGAUGUCGGCCUAGCAAGCGAGCUAAGUAGUUUGCUAGCGGCUAAUUGAAGGAGGACAGAAACGACCCACACCCUACAGUCAAGACAGCCCGCAUGUUUGGUGUUAGGGGAAUCCAGCAGUUUUCCCACAGAGCCAGGGGGUGAAAGAAGACAGAGGGACAAAAAGAAAAAAGGGACUAAAAUGCAACAGACUACAUAACAGCCUCGAUUCACAUGGCUUUAUUUAAGAGAUGCAGAAUGGAAAAGGAGGUUUGUUUGCAGAGAAUUCGGAGGUGGGAGAGGUCUCUACACCUGGACCCGGCCAAGGGCUGUGAUACCUUGGUGACCUACAUGGGGCUUCUUUUUGGAAUGAGUUGAUUUUUGUCCUCCUAUUGACACAAAGACUAAAGGCACGAGUCUCAAAAGAUCCAGGGGGCUCUGCUCGGCCAUUUGAGCUAUUGUUCUUGUAAAGGCAAGGCCAUUAUUUUCGAAACAUUUUUAGCAGCUUUUUAAAAAGAAAUUCCAGCUUGACUUUCGUUUGAUGUCAAGCAGCUUCCUGCUACUGUUAUAAAAGUGAAUUUGUUUAUUGAGUUUUUUUUUUCCCCUGCUGACAUAUUUUGAAAUGCUGGAACUGUCCCUCCUGCCGCCAUCCUCAGUUUCUUCCACCCACCCAGUGCCUAAAUAAGCCCUCUUGGGACAAUCACAGAAGUCAUCAGCAGCUGCUGCGCUCAAUCCUCUGCGUGUUCUCCUCUAUGCGCUUCUGCUCUCGGCCUGCUGGCUAUCCACCCACUACCUCUAUAAUUUUCUGGUUUUUCCUUUUUAUAUUCGUUUUCUCUGAGAGGCAUAAUCAGAACUCAAGCACAGUGGCAGCCAUUAAUGUAAACACUGAGUUUUGGGACUGGAGAGAAAUUUAAAUUGCUCCAGUUUUUGUUGUGUGCGCAAGUGCUUUUGUGUACAUGCACAACUUUGUUUGGUUGUGCUGGUGCCAGGGAGGAACUUAAGACAAGAUUUAAGUAUAUUUUUGCACCAAAUAUAGUUACUUUAAAGCCAUACAAAAAUAGUUAUGUAUUACCUACACAUAUUUUUGUAUCACAUUGCUCUUGUAUAGUUUUGCUUUUAUAAACCUCUAUUAAGAUUACGCACACGCAUUAAAUAUUCACAACAAGCUGUGCACAUGCAAGUGAAGCUGUAUAUUGCUAAAAACAAUUCCUUUUGUUUUUGAGUGAUUAUAUUCGUGCUGGGAAACAUUUAGCAGCUGCAAACAGAGUAUCCCUCAUGUUACCAUUCAGUUGCUGCUUUGCAUAAUGUUUGUUUUCUUUUCUAGUCUGUAGUCAUGGCCUCCCCUCCCAAACAAACACUGUAUUCAUUAUUUUGACCUGUAAAACACCCUUUACAGUAGGUAGACAGUAGAUAUCUACCUCUUUCUCUGUCUUCCUCCCCCCUCUCUCUCUUUUUGUGAUGCCGGGUUUCAGUGGUGGGGGGGUUGGGGGAGGAGUAGGUGUCCCAGCUUCCGCUCCUCCUCGUCCAUUUCGACCCAGCCGCUAUGUCCCGGUGUCUGCAGCCACCACCUUCCUUGUCGGGUCCACCACCCUUUUCUUCUGCUUCACGUGUCCGUGGUUGUCAGACUAUUUUUCCUCUGUCAUUCCCAUCUACAUUGCUGUGAUGUUCCUCUUUACCCUUGCCAACUUCUGCAUGGCCACUUUCAUGGACCCUGGAGUCUUCCCCAGAGCGGAGGAGGAUGAGGAUAAAGAGGACGAUUUCCGCGCUCCGCUCUAUAAGACAGUGGAAAUCAAAGGCAUCCAAGUGCGCAUGAAGUGGUGCUCAACCUGCCGCUUCUACCGCCCGCCGCGGUGCUCUCACUGUUCAGUCUGUGACAACUGUGUGGAGGAUUUUGACCACCAUUGUCCCUGGGUGAACAACUGCAUCGGUCGCAGGAAUUAUCGCUAUUUCUUUCUCUUCCUGCUGUCACUUACGACCCACAUCAUUGACGUAUUUAGCUUUGGCUUGGUUUAUGUCCUGCACCACCGCCAGCAGCUGGAUACACCACAUGCUGCUGUAACUAUGGCUGUAAUGUGUGUGGCUGGUCUGUUUUUUGUCCCAGUCGCUGGUCUGACUGGGUUCCACAUAGUGUUAGUGGCCCGUGGCAGGACAACAAAUGAACAGGUGACAGGGAAGUUUCGUGGAGGCGUUAACCCUUUCACCAAAGGCUGCUUGAGGAAUAUUUCACAUGUGCUCUGCAGCUCCCAGGCCCCCAGAUAUAUGGGCCGGUGGCGAAGUCCUCAGGCAAUGGAAGUACAGCCACCAUUUCUUAGACCGCCUCUCACUGAGGCCCAGCUAGAGGCCAAGGUCCUGGACAAUGGCAUCCAGAACGACCAACACAGCACGAGGUCAAAGAGCAGUCUUGAUCAGAUGGAGAGCCAGUCAGCAGAUGCAGAGCCUCCACCUCCUCCAAAACCGGAGCUUCGUUACCCUGGCCUGCCCCGUGCUGACACAGAGGAGAGCAGCUUGUUGACUGAAGCUCCACCUACACCAUCAAUGUACAAGUACCGACCAGCAUACAACAGCCCAGGAAGGAACCACACUGCUCUCACACAUCCCAACAAGAUGAUUCGUGGGGAGAGUCUCGACUCUCCGUCUCCCUCCAUCCUCAUGUCCAGCCACAAGCCUAGCUACCGCUCUGAGCCGAGCAGCCUGGACGGGGCCACAGUGGUGGGGGGUGGUGUAGGGGUGCGCAGAGGGGGAGGGGAGAGGGGUGAGGGCCCCGGAGGCCCUGGUGGGACUGCUGUGGGGCUAUCAGGGGGUAUGUCAGGUUAUUCCCUGACUGGGCGCUCCUACACCUCCUACCCAUCCUCUCUGGUUCUGUCCACUGGAGGUUCCCGCUCCUCCAGCCUGCGCUCAGCGCACACAGCACAUAACCCCCUAGCCACGCUCCAAUCAGAAGGAACCACAGACACCAGCUACAAAAGCCUGGCCAAUCAGACGCCUCGGAAUGGCAGCCUGUCUUAUGACAGCCUGUUGACGCCAUCCGAGAGCCCAGAGUUCGAGUCAGCUGCCCACGAGCUGUCGCCACAGAAACCUCACGCUCAGUUUCCCUCAGCUACUCUAACAGGCCAUCCUGAGGUGGUGUCACCUAGUACCCGGCUGCAGGGCUACACGUCGCCCUUCCUCUCGGCUCAGAUUGCCCAGCAGAGGGAGGGGCAGCUGCUCCAGGGCUCUGCCACUUUCUCCUCCCCCCACAAGGCCUAUCUGCGUGCUGUCAGUCCACCUCCCUCCUCCCCUGGGCCUCCUGAGAUCCAGCACCUGCUCCAUCAUAACCAGGGCUCUUCCUACCGAGUCUCUCGUAACCCUUCCUCCUCAUCCUCUUCUCCUGGGGUCCGCUCACUAGAGCCCCCUGUCUCCCCGCCACCUCGCGGCCUCUCCCUCGGCAAGUCUCAGUCUUACACUGGGGAGGCAGGUCCUCAGCACAAACCUCGGCUUGCAGGAGGAGGCACUGUGCUGGGAGGGGGAGGAGCUGGAGGAGGGCAACAGGCUCCACAAUCAACUUCUCGCCCAGUCUUGGCUAAUCACACCACAUCCAAACCAGGGGGCGGGGUGAAGAAGGUGACGGGGGUCGGAGGGACCACAUACGAAAUAUCUGUUUGAGUGACAGACAUCCUUCGUGGUCUUUCACAAGGAGAUGUGGAGAAAAAGUGACUGGACUACUUGCAUUUACCUGAGCUGGAUAUUAUUCAUGACUGCAGGCCCCUGAAAAAUGACUGCUCUCUGCUGCAACAGACUAAAGGAGCAGGCCUGUCUGGUACUCCCUUUGGUAUCUUUGUAACGCCACUGGCAACUCGUCACUGUUAGCCUUUCAGAUUUGAACAAAGAGUAAAAGGAGACACUUGAUUCUUCAUGGGAUCAAAUCCUCUCCAUUUAGAGACUUUGUGAGCCACAGGCUGAUAUGACUGCAUCGUCACGGUUGGGUACAGGUAUGUGUAUUGAACACACAUAGCUAUUCAGUGAUUUACUGUUUUACUUUGGUACAUUAGCACAGAGUAUUGACCACUGUGUUUGACCCUUGGAAAGGACGGCCUUCAUCCAGUAGAUUCAGAAUUCUAAGUGGUGAGGAUUCGGGACUGUUCUGUUCCUUCUCUGUCCGAAUGGACCACAUAACCUGUUUAUCGACAAGUGUCACGGAGAGAUGAGUCCGACCUGUUAACAGUAUCGUUUUAGUUUUAUAAAUCUUUUUUUUAUUAUUAUUAUUGUUUUAUAUAAAUGUAUAAAAUGUUUCAGAUUAUUAUUGGGUCAAAUUGUCGGGUAUUGAAGAUGACUUGAUGAGGGUGGCAGGUGUACCAUUAUUCAUGGAAGCGAUUUCCGAUCAGUUGCCUGCUUAUAUUUAAUGGCUGCAUCAGCCGCUCAUGAGCCCUCACUGGAAUUGACAUCGUCCAAAGAGAAUAAUGAUCCUUAGGUGAACGGCUUAGAGGCAAAUGAUGGAGCUUAAUUUUUGAAAGCCACAAAGAAAUUCUGAAUCACAAUUGCAGCACAAGCAUCUUUGUGGGAUGUACGCUUGUAACGUUUAUGCUAGAGACAUUAUGCAAAAUCUGUUUGUAGCUUUAAGAUCAUUUUAUGUCUUUUUUGCUGUUUUUUUUUUUCUUCUUUUCCGUAGUGUUUGGUCUGUCAGUCAGUCAAGAUGUUAGCAAAACUUAAACCUUUAACACAUGGCCAGCCAAAUAGGGGCAGCGAGGGAAGGGCUUAUUUAUUUCAUCAGACAAGACAACCUUGUAGUUUUGGACACAAUUUCAAAACAGUUUCUCUCGCAGUUUGUUCUUUCUUUUUUGAGAAAUGAAAUAUGAAUAUUUUUUAUUAUAAAAGAUUAUAUAAAUGAAAUUGUAAAUGCAAUAUGCCACUGAAAAGCUUUUUAAAGAGGGACUGGUGUGCAUUUAGAUACUGUUAUAAUUUUCUUACCUUGAAACCAUUCAUAGUGAAGCAAGCACAUUUUUUUUGUUACACUUUAAUGAGGAAAAAAUGUAAGAUUUUUAUUUCUUUUUUUUUU